AUUCACUUCACAGGAAAAAAAUAAUAAUAAUUAAACCCUCUCACUGCAAAUGAACAUCAGAAUUAAUACCAACACGAGUUCGUAGUUGCGCCUUUUCUGAGAAUUAAUACCAAGACCCAAAUCCAUUUGGGAAGCAUGGAUGCAGCAACUAAAAAACUGAAUGUAACUGGGUCUCGUAAUACGUGACCAUCUUCUUCUACACGUUAAAGUCAGUCUUGCUUGGCGCCAAACUCCAUGAACCAAGCUUUGUGCAGAAACAAAAACCCAAAAUUUCAACAGCUUAGCCAGAUAUUAUCCAUCAAAUUUGAUCCCAUAAUUUGUAGCCUAGAAUGAUCUGCGGGACCUUAUCUUGCAUCCAUUUAGAAACAAGAGGAAAGUGAAAUGGAUUAUGACCCAAAAGCAUGACAGCCUGGAGAGAGACUUUUGGGGAAUCUUGUUUCGAAAUUAUAACUGCAAUCCCCUGCAGGCUUUCGUUGAACCACAAUUUUUUCUUGUUAGGUACAGUCCAUCUGGUCCAUGUUGGUACAACAUGUCUGGUCUUGCACUUGCCCCAACCUAGUAAGGCUAUAUAAUGUAUUUAACUUCCAAAAAAGGACUCACAGCAUCUCUCAAACCAUACAUGCAGAGAAAAAAAUUGACGAUUCACUAAUGGGAGCCAAGGCUGCCAAUCAUGGCCACCACCCAGACCUCAACUCGUUGAAUUAUCACAUGAUUAUGUACAAGCGAAGCCAACACAGGGUAACCCACUUGUAAGAAAGCGUCCCCAAGAAGCGUUGUUAACAUACAGAUAAACCAGUUCCAUGGCCUUCUAGGCAUGCCCAUCUCCAAAUUAACUACACAGAUUUCUGUCACAUGGGUUUGCUUCCUACCUAACCAUGCAAAGGUGGCCUCAUCAACCGGACUGUCUUCGGCUCUGUGAUUAUAUAUUCAUCCAACUCUCAUUGCCAACUCGUAACACAGCAACAGCAUUCAGUUUCCUACUAUCUCAAAGUCUCUCCUCUUUUGUUUUACAAUCUUCUCCCUGUUUUUAUCAGUAACAGGAUGAUCAGUGCUAAGAAGCUCAUCAAAUUGGCAAGGAAAUGGCAGAAACUGGCUGCUAUUAAGCGAAAAAGGAUCACAUCGUCCGAGACGACCCUUGGAAAUGUUGGCACAACUAGUUGCAGCACAUCAUCAACUGUUGAGAAAGGUCAUUUUGCGGUGUAUAGUUCUGAUCAGAGACGCUUCGUUCUUCCUUUGGAAUAUCUCAAGAAUGAAAUUGUGAGAGAGCUAUUCUCUCUGGCUGAAGAAGAAUUUGGGCUACCAAGAAAUGGGCCUCUCACUUUGCCUUGUGAUGGAGCCUUUAUGGAAUAUGUAAUUUCUUUGAUCAAACGACAUGCAACUAAAGAUAUGAAGAAAGCAUUACUCACGUCCAUUGCCAGUUGUCGCUGCUCAUCAUCUUCGUAUCUUCAUCAACAAGCAACAAAUCAACAAUUACUAAUCAGCAGCUUCUAGCGCAAAAUAUGUUUCAAUUUUGUAACCGAAUGAUACUUCUGUACAAUUGAGAGGUUUAUCUGAAGUCUAAUGAAAAUUGGGGUUUUAUUUUUA